AUGCAACAGCGCAGGCGGGCUUUUUGGCUUGCUAUUUCCGCUCUUAUUCUACUAAUAAUCACGUACGUUUUUCUGUCCAUGCAGCACCGCCCUGCACUUUUACCCACCAACAGCGAUCCGACGCCACAAGAGUCCGACAGCCGUGAGCCAGAAGAGGUCCCAAAAGAAACCACAACACCCCAUCCAUCAGCACCAUCGGUCCAGCAAAAUGCGACGCGCACACUUGUGAUUGCCAAACUACAGGAAGAGGAUACCUUGUGGGUCGACAACCUUGUCCACGAUGACGCUUACCUUACCAGCGCAGUCUAUGUUGUGGAUAAUAAUACCAGUGCACCUUUUACUGUUCCCUUGAAUAAAGGCCAUGAGGUUAUGGUCUAUUUAACCUACAUUAUCGAUCACUAUUAUGAACUCAGCGAUGUUUCAAUAUUUAUGCAUGCUCAUCAAAUCACGUGGCAUAACAACGACUUCCUCGAUUCUGAUUCAGCUAAGAUGGUCCGCCGGUUAAGAAGUCAACAUAUACUAAAAAAUGGUUACAUGAAUCUUCGCUGUCACCUAGAUCCGGGAUGCCCUGACCAUAUCCAUCCAUAUAUAGGAAUGGGCUCUGAUGACAUUCUUAAUGUCCCCGAAGCUGCAGUUAUAGGUAUGGCAUGGGGCCAGCUAUUCCCCGGUAGCCCAGUCCCAUCAGUUCUUUCACAACCAUGCUGCGCACAGUUCGCUGUCAGCGCAGAUCAAAUCCGGAAAAUCCCUCAGGAACGCUACCUUGAAUUCCGCCAUUGGCUUCUCGCAGCCGAACUCGAUGACCGACUGUCUGGGAGAGUCUGGGAAUAUAUCUGGCAUUGGCUAUUUACAGGGCAACCGGAGUUCUGCCCAGUUGAGACAACCUGUUAUUGCGAAGGAUAUGGAAUUUGCUUCGAUCCUAAAGAGUAUCAGCUAUAUUUUCGGAUUCGAGGCGAAGCCCGCAAGUUGGAAGGAGAGGUUCGGGAGUUGGAGUCGGAAGCGACCGAGACAGACAUCACGACUAGUGAAAGAAUAACUGCGUUGAAGAGAAAGAUUAAUGAGCUGCAUGGGGAAAUGAACGAGAUAAAAGCCAGGACGAAGGGUAUUGGGCAGUGA